GUGAGUGCCACAGCUAUGGAUGUCGAUAAACCUACAGAAACAACAACUAAUCAGGAGCCACCAGCACCUACGAAACGGCGCCGUAGAAAUAUGUUUGAUGUCAAACCAGAAGAGAUCAUAACCAUCCUAUAAAUGGCAGCAGCAUAUGUAUUCUUGCUCAAUAAACUGUGUCGUUGUUGUUGUUGUCUCUACCUAAUAUUGCAAACUAAAUUCGUAAUUUUUUAAGUAUAACGUUCCCUAUUGAUUUCUUGGUAUAAAUGUAAUGGCUUUCUUUUCUAUGUUAAAUGGUCAAAACUUAAAUUUUUCAAAUGACAAUAAAUUUUACAUCAAGGAACUGUACUUCCUAAUAUUCCUACAUAUACUGCAAAUUCUAAUUUAACGUGCACAGCAUUUGGUGCAACUGCUAUCGAGAAUAUUGGUUUUACUGUGUAUAAUCAUACAUGUUGUGUUUUCUUUCUGUGUUUUUAUAAGAUUUGACAAGCUCAAAUGCUAAGGCAGCAUCCUGAAUUAUCAGGCUCACUUCGUAUUACGAAGCAAGAGAGCGAGUGAGUAGCAAUAGAUGACAAUUUAUAUACGGUAAAGUUGUUAGGGAAUCAGUGCUUGUAUAUCUUUAUAAAAUUUUGUUGCAAAUUUAAAAUGAAAACCCUGAUCAAUUUGUUGUUUAAUUAUUUUUUUCUAAAUUGAUCAAUGAGAUUUUCACAAUCACAGAUUUUUUCAUACAUGAAUAAAAUAUUUAACUAUAAAACACAAAAAAAGUUGUAAAAUAUGUACUUUCUUUAACAGUUUUAACAUGAAUAAUUCUGAAAGCGCUAAAUAAACAAAUUGGUUUUGGGUUUUUAAAUUAUUUGAUCUAAUGCUGAAAUACAGGGUACUUGUUUUAGAGCUGGGCGUUGUUCCAAAGGUUGAAGCUUUAGAUCAACCAAAAGAUGAUGAGUCUGGCGAACUGAUUAUCGGGCCAGGGUCUGGAGGAUUGCAAGCACGAUUUUCAGAAGCGAAAAAAGCAUUGCCACCUAUUGUUCGUGACCAAGAAGAAAGACUUGCACAAGCAAAACGAUUUGCCAUGGAGCAAUCUGUUCAACAUGUAUUAGCAAAGCAAAAAGUUGUCCAAACACAGGACGCAUCUCAGCUCCACAGCUCUGCACAGAGACAAAGAGCCUUGGCACUUAUGUGCAGAGUGUAUAUUGGCAGUAUAAACUUUCAGCUGGAUGAAGAAGCUGUCCGAGCAUCUUUUAUUCCAUUUGGUCCAAUUAGAAUGAUUGAUUUAUCACGUGAUUCAACUACAGGGAGGCAUAAGGGUUUUGCAUUUGUCGAGUAUGAGAUUCCUGAAGCUGCCCAAUUAGCUCUGGAGCAAAUGAAUAAUGUGAUGAUGGGUGGCAGAAAUAUAAAGGUUGGAAGGCCCAGUAAUGUACCUCAAGCAGCUCCAUGGAUAGAACAAAUACUAGAAGAAGCAAGACAAUAUGCUCGAAUUUACAUCUCAUCUAUACACCCUGACCUGACUGAGACUGAUAUCAAAAGUGUAUUUGAAGCAUUUGGGACGGUGAUAAGUUGCAAGCUCUCACCUGAUCAACUCACAGGAAAACACAAAGGAUUUGGUUUCAUCGAAUACACAACACAGCAAGCAGCAAAUGACGCCAUAGUCGCUAUGAAUCUGUUUGAUCUGGGCGGACAGUAUAUACGUGUUGGAAAGGCCAUAACACCACCUACGUCUGCGAUGGCACAGGGACCACCACCAGCUGCAUCUAUGUUAGCUGCAUCUGCUAUAUCAGCAAGUAUACAAGGACAAGAAGCUGUGUCAACACAUGGAGCAAGUGCAUUGACUAAAAAUCCACUUAAUCCAAUGCUGAGUGUCAGUCAAGUUGCAACACCUCCUACUAACAAUCAGUUGAUGACAUCAGCAGCUUCAACGUCAGUUGCAUCACCUGUAACAGCUUCAGUACACGGCAUAAAUGGUAGCACUGGCUCACCAGUAGUUUCAUCUAACGGUCAAACGUCUUCUGCCAUGUCUACUAUGCUUUCGUCUCAAUCGUCUGGGAAUCAACCUGUUCCAGAAGAAAAAUUAAAUGCUCGACAACAACGCAAAAAGCAGGAGUUGUUGGAUCAUAAGCAUGCUGGUGAACAAAAUUUAGAACGGGAGGAGAAAUUAGAAAUAUCAGGCAAAGAUGCAAGAUACAUGAUGAUGCAGAAGUUGUCUCGAGGAGCUGCUUCUGGAGUUUUGGUACUGCGCAACAUGGUAGGUGCAGAGGAGGUCGAUGAAGACCUUGAAGAAGAAGUCACAGAAGAAUGUAGUCGCUUUGGGGAAGUUAAAAAAGUCGUUAUAUACCAAGAAAAGCAAGGCGAAGAAGAAAGCGCUGAAGUGAUCGUUAAAAUCUUUGUUGAAUUCGCCAAAACUGAAUCUGCUGAAACUGCACAAACAGCUCUUCACGGUAGAUGGUUUGGUGGACGGAAUAUACAAGCGCAGGUUUACGAUGAAGACAAAUUUAAAGCGCAAGACUAUACUGACUGAACAUUAUUUCAUGCUGUUUGGUAAAUCGAGAAAAGAUGUUGAUUAAUGGAAAAGACGAUGUGAUUAAUGUAUAGCUUUACGUGCGAAAACAACAAUUGUUUCAUGCAUAUUUCAUUCUCAUUUUCGUAAGGAUUGUGAAAAAUUAAUAAUAAUGUUAUAUUGCAUGGACAUACUGUAAAUAUAUUUUUUAUUUUUAAUGAAAAAAUAAAUUAAAAAUUGGACAAUACAAUGUCUA